UACAGUAUCAGUAGAAACUGAAACAUUUGUGACUUUAUCUGUUUAUUCGUCAAGCAGAUCUGUCUUAUAGAAUGUAAAAAGAAUGCAAGGAAAAUAAAAAUACUCUGACUAGAGUGACUAAAUGAUAAAGGCCAAAGUAUUGAUUGUACCAAUUUGAAUCUAAUUUGGUUAUGGCUAGUACAAUGUCUCGUAACAGGAAGAUUCCAUAUACCAGACGAAUACAGUAUGAAGAAGAAGAUGACCUAGAUGAACUUGAUGCAAAUGAUAUAACUAUUUCAGUACCAGAUAGUGCAAAACCACCAUGUUCAAAACCAAAUGGUUUUGAUGUCAUAAAAGAUGGAAAUGAAGAUUUAUCACUAUCAAUAACUAGUAAAUUGUUGAAAUGUUGCUGUGGAAAUAGAUGCUGGAAAAUAACAGAAUCUUAUGACAAAUCAAAAUUUCCCCAUCCCUUCAGAUUCUUUGAUCUUUUUGCCACAAUUGGUUCUAUUUUAUUUUUCUUUUACGAUGUUGUCACAGACGUAUUCCUAGCUCAUAAUUAUUACAGUUUGAAGAGAUGGACAGAAUUUGGAUUUACAACAGCAUUUAUUGUUUUCCCUAUGCUGGUUAUAAACCUAAAAAGUCUUAGAUGGUAUCACCUAGAUUAUAACAGAGAAAAAGGAAAGGGAUAUACUAGUUGUAUAGUAUGGUUCCUUAGAGUUAUUUUUACUUUUCCAUUAAUGAUUGGACCAGUUGUCAGACAUAUAGAGUACUUAUACCAUGGUUGUAAGAGUAGAUCUGCUUCCCUGAAGGAUAAAGAUAGGAAAGAUCAUUAUAAACAUAUGUUACAUGAAGAUACUGAUGCUGGAAUGAUGAGAAUGUUAGAGGCAUUCCUAGAAUCAGCACCACAGCUAGUUCUACAGAUGUACAUCAUACUGACAGAAACUCCAGAUGAUGGAUUACUUAUGAGUAUUAUUCGUCCCGUUUCUAUGGUUGGAUCCUGGAUUGGUGUCUCCUGGUCAUUGGUAUCAUACCACAAAGCCCUAAGGGCAUCACAUAAUGAAGAAGAAAUUGGACUAUCAUUGUGUGGAACAAUUUUCUACUACAUAUGGAGAGCAUGUGAAGUAGGCCCUAGAGUUGUUGUUUUAGCAUUGUUUGCAUCACAAUUUCAGUUUUACAUGUUAAUAGCAGUUGCGGUUCAUUGGGCAGCCAUGUCUAUAUGGGUAGCUUUGCAAAAACCUGAAUUUUAUAAAAAGACUAUUGAUAAAAUUGUAUUUGACAUUGUUAUAGGAUACGUUCUUAUAUUCUGUUUUCAGAAUGUACAAAGUGGCCAUACACGUUACAGAGCUAUGUUGUAUUACUUUGUAAUAUAUGCUGAAAACUUAGCCAUGUUAGUAGCAUGGCAAUAUAUUACAACCCAAAAGAGUGAGUGGUAUUAUUUUGCUGCUUUGGGAAUAAUACCUGGAGGUAUUAUCAUUCAUAUAGUUGUACAGUUGUUAUAUUAUAAAUGCUGCCACCCUAGAAGUAGGGACAUUGUAUGUUGUAUAAAUCCUGUACAGAAUUAUAACUGUUACCAAUCUGUUUGUCAUGAAAUAAAGACGAAUGAAGAGUCGAAAGCUGAUACUGGUGCCUACAAUGGACAGACAUUUGAUGUUUAAUGAAUGCAGUAUAUAUUAGAAAUCAUUAUUCGUUAUAAUACAUGUACAUAAUGUUCAUGUAGGAAUAUUAAAUAUGUAUGGUGAUUAUGGUAGCACUAGUAGAUAUACAUGUAGAACAGUAUUAUACUCCCAGGAAAUCUCAAUAGGUCAAAGAAGGGUAAUUUUUAUACCCUUGCUUCUAUCCAUGGUGUUAUAGUUAUACUGUAUACAUUUGUGAGUGUUUACAUUUUUUUGUAUAUAUUUUUUCUUGCACUUAAAGUCAUAUGGAACGAGUUUCUUUUAAUUUUAAUGUUAUCGAAAUUAUUGAACCAAUGCAUGCAUAUAUACAAAACUAAGUCCUGUAUGCAAGUUAUUUAUAUUUAUUACGUAUCUAGACCGUAUUAUCGACAAAUAUUAUUUCAUUCGGUGAGUGUUGGUCAUAAGCUAAUUAACUUUCGAGUUUGUUGCGAAAGUUUACUGGAUCGUGUCAUUGAUAAACAAUCAACACAGAGCAGGUGGAGUACGUGACAAAUGAGUGAAUUCAUAGAUCCAUGAUGUUUUUUUUUUAAUAUUUUCCAUGCGUUACCACUUGUUAAUUAAACUUUUCCUAAACAGUUGUUGUAUGAUUUGUUGUCUUUAAAUGUUCUUUAAGAAUCAGUUAUUAUUAUUUACCUUCCAGUGCACGUUUGUUUACAUUCUUUCAUUACGGUUUUCCCUUCACAUUUCUGCUGUGCAGUUGCCGAAGUUCUAACAAGAGGUCUCAUAGUUAAGGUCACUGCAUACAGGAAAAUAUCGGCCAAUUAGUGUAUGGGAAGACAAUAAUUCAAUAGCAGUACAUUUAUGAAGAUUCUGAUAAUAUAAAGGAUUUUCUUUUACAAAAAAGUUCACAUACACUUGUUUCAUAGUAAAACUUAUUAAAAUUUUUGUAGUUUUAUAUGAUUUUAAAAGAUAGAGCAGGUGUAUAAACAGUAGCUAACACUACAUUUUCUUUAAAUUUAAAUCAAUAAAAGAUUAUAUAUUUGUUAGUUGUCAGAAAAUAAGAUUCAGAGAUACUUGAAUUUGCUAUUUUCUGAAAUGUCUAUAAAAAAAAUAAUUCAGCAGUAAACCUAUACUUUAAAAUAAAAUUGAUUAAUGAGUUCCUGGUCUAUUAUUGAUUAUCAUUAAAAUUUGUAUUUAAUGGAUAAUGUGUAGUGUUGCAUGAAUGAUAAUAAGGGUCAUCUCCUGUCUGUCAUGCUUGUAUUGGUACUGGGUUAUGUUUCAGUUAAUCCUAAAAUCAUUGACAUUUUGAUAUGUGGAUGUUAAGAUAGGCUUAUUGGGUCCAACUGUCAAUAUUUUUUUUAUUUCAACCCAUUUAUUUUUAUAUGCAAUGUAUUUUACUUUCGCCAAAUGGUUUUUGCUUGAGUUCAUUAUUUCUUAGUUAUAAUUUUAUUUAGGAUACGGGUAACUUUUUAAAACUUUUUUUGUUUUUUGUUACAUUUGAUAGGAUUUCAUGAUGUUUGAACAGAUAUUGUAGACCGCUUCUUUAAAAUUGCAUUUGCGUGCAUGGCUUACAUUUUGCACCCUCCAUAGCUGUGUUUGUUUUCAUCAUAUAUUUCUUAUCAAUUUUCCAGAACUCAAAAUUAUUCAAGAUUCAAAUAAUUCUUUGUUUAUAUGCCAAUGAGACAGUAAACCAAGGACCCAACAAACAAAAGAAAUUUAAACCAGUGGAGUAUUUUUUGAUAUGGGUUUAUUGUUAAAAUGUUUACAUGUUUAAACAAAUAUAUGUAGAAGUUGCAAUAAUUGUAUACCAAAGAACUCUGGUCAAGUCAUUACAUGCCUUUCACUUACAAUAAGAUAGGAGGAUUUCAUGUAAAUUUGAAAAUCUUCCGUGAGCAGCAGCUGUCAGAAUUAUUAUAAAAUUGAUGUUCUUUUUAAAUUAUUCAUGCAUAUUAUCUUAAAAGACCCAUAUGAAUUCACUGUAGUCAAAACGCUUACCACAAAUGGGGUUUGAGAUCCACAUCUAUUCAAUAGAUGAGUUUCCAAUUUCCUUUUUAUAAAUGAACUGCCCCAGUUGACCUGGGGUCAUUCGGGGAAAAAAGUCAUGGGACAUUGUGACUUGAAGAUAUUUGCCUUGUGACAUCAAAUAUUUCUGCAAAAAUGCACUAACUGUAUUGGCAUAUACAUAUAUAUUAAUGAUUCUUUCAUCAGAAAUUUACUAUACUUUCCACUUGGGCAAGAAAUGACUAUAGGACAUGUAAAGUGGUGUAGACAUAAUGAAGGGGAUUUUUUUAUAAUUCUUAUAUGCAGUUUUUGUCUGGCCGGGGAGAUUAGGUUAAUCUUAUUUAGACUUGUAUCUGUAUUAUUAGUUGACAUAAAUUACAUUUUAAAAACCACAAUUGUUGGAAAUAACUAAAACAUUGAGUUUUGUCAAGGUGCUAAACUGUUAUUUUUGUAUGAUCAUGCCAGUCAUUUUACAUUGUAUAUAUACUGUAUAUGUGUAGUGGAAAGCACACAAAUAUUUUUUAAAUGUAUUUGUUGUUGUUAUAUAUAUGUUAAUAUUUUAAAUCGAAAUUAUUGCUGCAAAUAAAUCUUUAGAAAUUAAGUUAUUAAUGGUGCCAAAAUUAUUUUUAUUCUUUAUAUUUGUUUUUGAUUUCAGAUAAUAAUCUCAGACAGAUGUCCUCACUUUUUAAUGUUAAAAAGUUUUAAUUUAUAAAAAUGACCAUUUAUCCUAUGAAAAAAUGGAGCAUCUGAUUAUGCUUCAGAUCAUAUAAAAACCUGUAAAAAGUAUAAAAUUGAAUGUAUUUUUAGGGGUAGGGAGGAAUAAUAAACUAGUUUAAAUGUACUGUUUAUUACACAUACAUUGCAUUGUUAUAUUGGAUUCAGUUGAAAACUUUGGUAGAUUCAAUUGAUAAAGUAGAAGGUUCAUAAAGGGUCAAAUUUGCCCUAAAAUUCCAUGAAAUUUAACCUCAACAGUUAAUAUAAACAUUUAAAAACUUAAAGAUGUCAUAAAUAAUGUCAUAAUUGUGCAUUCUUACAAUGAAAAUCAUAAUUUUGACUAAUGUUUGGAACAUUGCCCACAUGCAUUGAUCAUAAUACAUAUUAUUUAAGGAUGUUUAUCUCAUCUAUCUUUUUAUACCAAAUUUAUUUUGGUAAAAGGGUGUGGCUAAAGUUUUUAGGAAGGGAAUAGACCUUUGUCCGUUGUUAAACUGAAAAACAGCUAACAACUGGUGAUAUAUUUUACCUUAGAAGUUGUCAAACUUGUCAAAAAGAAAUAUUAUACCAAAAAAAACGUUUAAUUUAUUUGAAUUUCAACAUUUUAGAUCAUAAACAUUGGAUGUAGAUAGGAUAUUAAAAAGUUAGAUUGUUUGGCCAAAUUAAGGACUCUGUUGCCUCCUUUAAAAAUGAGAAGUACUACAUGUAGAAAGCGUUUCCUUUUACCAAUCUUCAAUCAUAGUUGAAAAUGUUCCCAUUUCAAGGGUUUACUGUAAAUUCAUUUAUUGUGAUGUAUUAAUUAAUGAAAAAAUUGUGACAUGAUGAUAUUAUGUUGUUUUUGGAAAUGUUAUUUUAUUUUUAGUAUAGUCCCAUGUGAAAAAGCAUGAUAUUUCUUUUUUUAUCUGCUGUCAGAAAAAUGAACAUGGCUUGUAUUAUAUUUUUUAUAAUAUUUACAAUUUAUGCAAUUUGUGAAGGCUUCAAUGAUCCCACUGAUAUUGUAUUGCUUUGCUCUGUGUUAAAACAGUUAAAUGCAAGGGAGACUUCUAACGUUUUAAUGUCUAAACUGUAUGCAAUUGAUAAAAAAAUAUACAGAUAUACAUUAUAUCUUACGUUGACAUGGAACUAAAAAAAAUGGCACAAUUAAUUAAGAAAUUUACAAAAAUCUUAAAAGA